CUUUCGCUUUGAACCAUUUUUCACCAGUUUGUGAAAAUACAAAAGUAGUUGGAUCAGUUUUCUCAAAUGUUAGUGUAUAUAUGCAGAACUUGAGUAAUUUCUCUUUCAAUAAGCGCUUCUUUCAAUGAACCACGACGAAAAGGUAAAAAUGGUGAACAAGCUUGAAUAACUGGCCGGUCAGUGGCUCAAUCUCAGCGCGGAUUAGUCUUUGAAGCGACGAAGGCAGCAGUAGUAGGCGGUCGCUCUGAGUUGCGACACAGCUGUUUGAUUUGUUCUUUGUUUUGAUCUGGUCGCCUUUCGGUCGUCGGUGGUGCUUUCAGCAGAAAACUUUUUAAGUCUUUUUCUCCGUCAUAAGUGGACUGAAGUUGAGUUGAAAUUGUCGUGUAAAUAUAACGUGAGAUAGUGUUCCCGCGAUAUGCGUCACUAAAUUACGGUUAAAAAUUCUCCCUCACUAGAGAGGCGAACAAAUUGUUUCUGGACUGAACACGAGUGUGCAAACCGCGGUGGUAUAAGUGAAAGUUGAAAAAGAAAAUUGCAAGCAACUACCUGCCAAUUAGCGGCGAACUAUGAACAUCUCGACCGGCUUCAUGGACGAAACGUUCGUCUAUCUGUACCGGGAGAUGAUGGACAACUACAUGCCGGCGUACAUUAAACAGUUGGAGUACACCCCCUGGAUAUUUUCAUUGCUCGGAUCGGCACUGAUCGGGUUGAGUGGAAUCCUGCCGCUGGUGGUGAUACCGGCGGGAGAUAAAGAUGCCGCUGAUUUUAAGGAUCCCGCCGAAUCAAAAACCCUCAAAGUACUACUGAGUUUUGCCGUGGGUGGACUACUUGGUGAUGUUUUCCUACAUCUGCUGCCGGAGGCAUGGAGUAGUGAUGUGGUGACCGCCGGACAGUCCGAGUCUGCUCACGAACACCCGUCUAUGCGCAGUGGUUUAUGGGUGCUUAGUGGGGUGCUGAUUUUCACCAUUGUGGAAAAAAUCUUCUCCGGCUACACGAGUGCCGACGAGAAUAAUCCACAGCCCAGAUGUGUGGAGAUUGCGACGUGUUUGCUGCGGAAGAGUGGUGGGAAACUGCCGGAAGGAUUUGUGGGAAGUUGUGGCCAGUCUUGCGACAUCGAAGACGUUCCGAAUGGAUGCUUUCUCGCGGGAAAGUCCGAGGAAAAGAAAGAACCUACCAAGAAGGUGGCUGGAUAUCUGAAUCUGCUGGCGAAUUCUAUCGAUAACUUUACCCAUGGCUUAGCCGUUGCCGGUUCAUUUCUGGUAUCGUUUCGUCACGGAAUACUAGCUACCUUUGCCAUCCUGUUACACGAAAUCCCUCACGAAGUGGGUGACUUUGCCAUACUGCUACGAUCCGGUUUUAGCCGGUGGGAUGCGGCAAAGGCACAGCUACUGACGGCUGGAGCAGGCCUAAUGGGAGCGUUGGUAGCAAUUGGUGGAAGUGGUGCUACGACUGCCAUGGAAGCUCGUACGUCCUGGAUCAUGCCGUUCACGGCUGGAGGAUUUCUCCACAUCGCACUGGUGACGGUGUUACCGGAUCUGCUCAGUGAAAAUGAUCCCGUGGAAUCAAUCAAACAGUUUGCUGCCCUUUUGCUGGGUAUCGGUCUAAUGGGAGUGAUGACCGUGUAUUUGGAACACUAGAAAAAUUUCUUUCUCAUCUGUUCGAAAAAACUAGGAUGUGCGUGCGUGUAUCUAUAGAUGUAAGACUGGAUGGCGAGAACUCUACGAUUGGAUUGAUCCUUCCACCCACCCCCUUUCUAGCCCUAUUCUCUAGUCCCAAGGACUCUGGCACGAUCCAAUGUAGUGUCAUCUGUGUUUGCCAUACUCCUCUACGUGUAAGAAAAAAAAAAAAACAAAAAAAUCAAAUUACUAGGUCGUAGCUAAUAAACGGUACGUAACCAAUUUAACUGUUAAAGCGUAAAUUUUGUUAAAUAAUGUAAUUAUAUAGAUGAUAGGAAACGACACGAUAAUAAUAAUAGACUCCUCGGGCAGGUUUCAUUUGUGAUACUGUUGUCCAUCAAGCGAAAGAAGAGCAAAAUUUCUGCUCAUUUAUAGAUUGAAUGUAGAUGGCUGCUCAGAACGCGGCAAUAUCUAGAAAGCUUGGUCGUUUUCUUCACAACUUUUCUGUAAAUAUAACCGAAUCGGUGAUCGGUUGAUUUGUCUGCGGUGAUUCUGAUAUAUGAGACAAGUGAAGAAGAAACCCUGUGAUUGCCUGUAUGAUACCCAAUUGUAAUAAAACGAUAUUCGAAAGUGCUAGCGGA